CGAUUCGUCUAAAGCUCCAGGAAUAUUCUAAAAUCGAUUUUUUCGUUUUUCGCAUUUUUCUCGGCUCCUAGGCCUCCUGGAGCCAAAAGCCUCCUAGACCAGGAACGGAACGUGCAUGGCGGUAAUUCCUUCACCGUAGUUCAUGCGCCAUCGCUACUAAAUCCCCCCGCCGCCCCCCGGGAUCUAGCAGUUGAUCAUGAAAGCUCUGCCAUCUGUUUAUCUGUCACGUUCUAUCUUAUAUUUACACGUGAGAACCCUAUAAAAUCGACAAAAUAACGUUUAUUAAUUGUUUAAAGUUAUCUUCAAGGGUUGACAGUUGAAGACGAGAGGUUCAACAUGACGAGAAAGAAGAGAGUAUUUGUGGAGACGAAGGAAGAGAGAAUGGUGAUGACAAUAGGGGAAAUUAUCCAGGAGUUGCUUGUUGCUCACAACGAACACAGAGAUGUUGAUCUAAACAAAUUAAAAACAAGGAUUGCAUCGAAGUAUGGAUUGGAGUCGUCUCCGAGGCUGGUAGAUAUUAUAGCUGCUGUUCCCGUCGAUGCUAGAAGCAAAUUACUUCCAAAAUUGAAGGCGAAACCCAUCAGAACAGCCAGUGGAAUUGCUGUGGUUGCAGUGAUGUGCAAACCCCACAGAUGUCCUCAUAUCAACAUGACUGGGAAUAUCUGUGUCUAUUGUCCUGGAGGACCUGAUUCAGACUUUGAAUAUUCAACUCAGUCUUACACUGGAUACGAACCGACUUCUAUGAGAGCAAUCAGGGCUCGUUAUGAUCCCUUUCUACAGACUAGGCAUCGAGUUGAUCAACUCAAACAACUAGGCCACAGUGUUGAUAAGAUCGAGUUCAUCGUGAUGGGAGGCACCUUCAUGUCUCUCCCAGAAGAAUACCGAGAUUAUUUCAUCAGAAACUUACAUGACGCUCUCUCUGGUCACAUAAGUAACGACGUGGACGAGGCAGUGCGUUUCUCAGAGCGUAGCAAGGCAAAAUGCAUUGGCAUCACCAUAGAAACCCGUCCAGAUUACUGUCUGAAAAAGCACUUGUCCGACAUGCUGCGAUAUGGAUGUACCAGACUCGAAAUUGGAGUUCAAUCGGUUUACGAGGACGUGGCGAGAGAUACGAACAGGGGCCACACUGUGAGGGCUGUCUGCGAGAGCUUUCAACUGUCCAAAGAUGCUGGCUUCAAAGUCAUCGCUCAUAUGAUGCCUGAUUUGCCUAAUGUCGAUAUUGAAAGAGACGUCGAGCAGUUCAUGGAGUUCUUUGAGAAUCCAGCAUUCCGGGCUGAUGGUUUGAAGAUCUAUCCCACUUUGGUGAUCAGGGGAACAGGUCUUUAUGAACUCUGGAAGACUGGAAGAUACAAGAGUUAUCCGUCAAGCACUCUAGUGGACUUGAUCGCGAGAAUUCUAGCUCUCAUUCCACCCUGGACUAGGGUUUAUAGAGUGCAAAGGGAUAUCCCAAUGCCCUUGGUCAGCUCUGGAGUUGAGCAUGGAAAUCUGAGGGAGCUGGCACUCGCCAGGAUGAAGGACUUUGGCACUAGCUGCAGAGACGUCAGGACCAGGGAGGUUGGCAUCCAAGAGAUCCAUAAUAAAAUUCAGCCGCAUGAGGUCGAGUUCAUCAGACGGGAUUACGUGGCUAAUAACGGUUGGGAGACCUUCCUGGCUUAUGAGGAUCCAACGCAGGAUAUUCUGGUGGGUCUACUGAGGCUGAGAAAAUGCUCAAACGAAACCUUCAGGGCCGAGUUGAAGGGGGGAUGCUCUAUCGUCAGGGAGCUGCAUGUCUAUGGAAGUGUCGUGCCUGUCAAUGCUAGGGAUCCAACGAAAUUCCAACAUCAAGGGUUUGGAAUGCUGCUUAUGGAAGAGGCUGAAAGAAUUGCCAGGGAGGAACACGGAUCCAUCAAGAUUUCUGUUAUUUCCGGAGUCGGGACUAGGAAUUAUUACAGGAAAAUGGGCUACGAGUUGGAUGGGCCCUAUAUGUCGAAAAUGCUGGUGGAUAAGUAGUGACGAGUAAUUUUGUAAUAUUUAGAGAAUAAAACAAUUAUUUUACCUUA